UUCUAGUGUUGUGGUUAUGAACACAUUUUUUUUACAUUUCCCACAUUCCUAAUUGUUGAUUUUUCCAAAAAUGCCCAAGCAAAAUCGCAAAAGGAAGCACGUAUCGCAGCAAGACGAUGAUCAGUUCGAAAUUCUCGCCCCGAAGAACAAGUUUCAAGCUUUCGACAAGGAGGCACAGGCCGAAGAGGAACGCCUAUCGAACAUACUUUUCGGUGGAUCGGGCAGCUUUCUCAAAAGUUUGGACGAGGCCGAGGAUGAGUGUUGCGUUGACAUGCCGGCGGUGACCCCCGAUUCGGGUGUGGGCGACGAUAACGAGAGUGAUGGCGAUUCUGACAGGAAGCCGGUGUGGAUGGACGAUGACGACGGUAUCGACGUUCGCGAGGCGCUUAACUCGCAAGGUAGGAUGUUGCCGAAAGGCGGGAUCAAUAACUUCUCUAAUCAAUACUCGAACCUGCUGAAGCAUAAGUUCGAAACGGUGAUCGGCACGCCGCAUUGGGCCAGUUUAAAGUUGCACAGACGACAUGGGUCUGAGUCUGAUGAGGAGGAGGUAUUGCGGACAUGCGGUUUCAUCGAAAAAAAUGCUAUUCAGAGUAUGGCGUCGCAUUCGUUGGAGUUUAAGAAAUUGAAAGACUUGAAUAGCGAAACGUACAAUGAGGGUAUCAUAAAUUGUAUCGAAUUCCACCCAUCAUCGACCGCUGCUCUCGUUGCGGGGAGUAGUGGAGUGGCAUCCUUAUUCGCUGUUGACGGGAAACGUAAUAAUAAAUUGCACAGCGUCGCCUUCGAGCGAUUCCCAAUUCUGUGUGCACAGUUUGCUCGAGACGGCAAUGAAGCUAUACUCGGUUCGCGUCACUCUCACCUGUACAGUUACGAUUUAAUGGCCGCGAAAGCGCAUCGAGUUCCACUUCCGCAUGGGCUAACGCAGUGUAAGAAAUUCGUUUUAUCCCCCGAUUCGAAAUACAUGGCCGUCGCCGGAAAAUGGGGCGAAGUUCACCUGCUAUCCUCAAAAUCGAAGGAGCGACUUUGCCUACUGAAACAAGACGCCGAUGUCACCGCUCUCUGUUUCAAUCCCACCGGGAAUUUGCUGUACGGCCACAGCGCCACCGGCGAAGUGACCAUAUGGGACAUGAAUAUGAGGCGCGUUAAAUACAAGUGGACCGACGAGGGAUGCCUGGAGGGUUCGACUCUGUCGAUUUCGCCCACAAACCAAUUCAUCGCGACCGGCUCGACGCACGGAAUUGUAAACAUAUACGGUACCGAGGAUAUAUUGAGAAGCAACACGCCGAAACCGAGGAAGACACUUUUUAAUCUGACCACAGGCGUGACGAGUAUGACAUUUAACUCGACGUCUGAGUUUGUCGCAUUUGCCGCUACCGACAUUGAAAAUUCGACGCGUCUGUUUCACAUCGGUACCGGUACAGUUUUUAGUAAUUUUCCACCGUUCGGUACAAAAUUGGGUAAUAUUACGGCGAUGAAUGUAUCGCCGGGAAGCGGAUACAUUGCGUUCGGUAAUAAGAAGUCAACGGUCGCCUUGUACAGAUUAAAACAUUUUAAAGUGUAUUAAUGUUAGCGUAUUGCGUUAUUGUGUACAUUUUAUAUACAUUUUACUUUUAUUUGUAUCAAUUUAAACAAUUUGUCAUAUAAUAAAGGCUUUAUUUAAUGUU